CUUCACGUGGUUCAUUCAGAAAGAACAACAUAUGUCGUCAAAGAUAAGCACGCAAAUUAUCUCAUACUCUUUUGUUUCAUUGUAGAAGUAAAGCAAUCAAAUUAAUCAAUUAUUCUUACUGUAAACGCAAGGAAAGAACUUAUACGGGUAUUGCUGAGACAUUUGUUCCUUACAUGGAUCCUACAGAGGAAUGGUAUUUCAGGACUUUCAUGGAUGCUGGUGAAUUUGGCUUUGGACGUGCAGCUGAUACCUUGCAACCGAAGGUUGAUUGCCCGAGCAAUGCAGUGUAUAUGGACGGUUACAUGGCAGGGCCUAAUGGAGAGGUGCAACAGGUUCCCAGGGCUAUUUGCAUUUUUGAGAGGAAUUCUGGCAGUUUGGCUUGGAGGCACAUGGAAAUCAACAACCCCCAAAACUUGAUAAGGAAUGGAGAACCUGAAAUUACUUUGGUGGUCAGAAUGGUUGCUACUGUAGGUAACUAUGAUUAUGUUCUUGAUUGGGAAUUCCUAAGAAGUGGUAGUAUAAAAGUUGGGGUGGAUCUGACAGGUAUCAUGGAGAUGAAAGCAGUACCCUAUAGACAGAAAAGUGAGAUAAAAGAAAGGGUGUUUGGAACAUUAGUGGCUGAAAACACUAUAGCCAACUAUCAUGAUCACCACUUAACCUACUAUCUUGACCUUGACAUUGAUGAUAGUAGCAACUCCUUCAUCAAUGCUAAGUUGCAAAGGGCAAGAGCAACUGGGUUUCGAACACCAAGGAAGAGUUACUGGACAGUAGUCAGAGAAAUUGCAAAGAGGGAAGCCGAGGGGAGAAUACGGCUCGGCUUGGAGCCAGCUGAGCUGUUAAUAGUCAACCCCAACAAAAGGACAAAGCUAGGGAAUGAAGUGGGUUACCGGCUGAUCAGUGCACACCCAAUUACUUCUCUGCUAUCUGAUGAUGAUUACCCUCAAAGAAGAGCAUCUUACACAAAGUAUCAGUUGUGGGUCACUGCCUAUAACCGAUCGGAGAGAUGGGCUGGAGGGUUCUAUGCUGAUAGGAGCCGUGGUGAUGAUGGCUUAGCCGUUUGGAGCCAGAGGAAUAGAGAGAUUGAAAAUACAGACAUAGUGCUAUGGCACACAAUUGGGAUCCAUCACGUUCCUUAUCAAGAAGAUUUUGCAGCAAUGCCAGCAAUUCAUGGUGGUUUUGAGCUAAGGCCAGCUAACUUUUUCGAAAGUAGUCCAUUGCUUGAAUAAAAUUAUAAAUUAAUACCAGAAUGCUCAGCUAAUUAACCAAACCGACAUGCUGCCAUACAUUAUACAUGAAGAAAAAUAAGAAGAAAUGUUAUGUAAAAAUUAAAUAUUUAUUGUUCUUUUAAUAUUGUAAAGGGCAGGCAUGUUAUUGAAUAAAAUUUAGGUCAAACUAAGGGACACAAUUUUACCGUCAUUUCCCCAUAUUAUGUUAAGUAAUAUUCUGAAUACUUGGAAUUCUAUGAGAAUU